ACAGACACACAAGCCAAUUUGUGAUUCCUUCUUGUAGAGUUUCUGAGUAGUAUCAGGCGGCUUUAGCCAUUCACAUCUCAUGUCUUCUUCUCUAGCUCCGUUUCCUUCUUUGAAUCCUUCUCCUCUCGCUCCAAGAUUCUUACAAACCCUAACCCAAUUCCCAAAUUCUCCGUUUCUCUCUCCAUGCUCUGUUUUGAGGUUAAAAAACGCAUCUUUACUGAAUUUGAGAACUCGAUUUACUCCUCUUCAACCCCAACGAGUUCGGUCCAAAACCCUUGUUUUGUCUGCUCAGUCCAGUUUCUUGAAAGUUCUUAGAACCGCAUGGAAUAUUGGGAAAGAUGGAAUUGAAGCUGGAACUAAUCUUGUACCUGUCUCUGUGCCUAGACCAGUUGCUAGAAUCUCGGUGACGAUUGCAGCAUUAGCGGUUUCGUUGUUUGUUGUCAAGUCGUUUCUAUCAACCGCUUUCUUUGUAUUGGGUACAAUGGGAUUUGCAUAUUUCUUAUUCAUAGCCUUAAACAAAGAUGAAGCUCCUAAACUCAGAGGAGAAGAUAAAAGCUCUGGUUCCAAACCAUUGGAUGAUCCACUUGAAGAAGCAAAGAGAAUCAUGGACAAGUACAAGUGAUCCGCGUCCUCAUUAUUUGUAAGCUUAAGGUUUUGCUCAUAUGAGAGAGAUCUCCAAUGUAUACAGAAUACAAUCAUACAAUACUUAGGAAUUUUAUAUGUUCUUUGAUUUAAGAUCAGCUUGCUGCAACGGUGUAAUCAGGUGAUUGUUAAAGUUCUGGUUUAGAAACUCUGUUUCCUGUAGUGCCAAUACAUUUCUGAAACGGUUGUAGCAUUAGCAAUGAUUUGAAAAAUUUGCUGCAACGUAACUAGCAA